AUGGGAAUCGGUGGCGCGAUGGUCAAAGUCAGCGCACCGGCGCUUCUGCAAGAGACGGCCCAUCCGCGCCUACGUCCCACCGUGGGUUCACUGUACUAUGGUUGCUACUACAUUGGCUCCCUCCUUAGCUCGAUCAUGUGCAUCAUCGGUCUCAGUGUUCCAGGAAGACAAGGCGCUGCAAAUGCUUGCGAUCAUGCCAACGGCGACAUCAACGAUGAACUCGUGCAAUGGGAGUUCCGAGAGAUGAAGGAAGCCAUCAAAGCAGAGGCAACAAGUCACAAGACCUCUUAUCUGGACUUCUUCCGUACAACCGGUAACCGUAAGCGUCUGUUCGUCUCUGCAGUGAUGGCAAUCGGCGUCAACUGGGUUGGAAAUGGAAUCGUUGGAUACUAUCUCGCGCCUGUUCUGAGGUCUGUCGGUAUUUCGAAGCCCCAGAACAUUCUUUCCGUCAAUGCCGGACUCGCCGGCUGGAAUCUCAUCGUGGCCGAGAUCGCUGGCCUAUACGUCGAAGAUUUUGGCCGCCGUCCUAUCUUCUUUGUAUCGAUGAUAGGCAUGAUAAUUAGCUACUCAUUUGUGAUGGGAUUCUCUGCCGGCUUCGCUGAAACUGGCACAACAGCCCUUGGGGUGGCCGCUGUCCCUUUCCUCUUCCUCUUCUUCGGCUCGUACGACAUCGCCUGGACGACGCUCAACUACACUUAUGUCGCCGAGCUAAUGCCUUUCAGCCUGAGAACCAAAGGCCUUGCCAUCUACCUUUGCGUCCAGCAGCUUGGCAAUACUUUCAACCAAUUCGUCAACCCGAUUGCUCUGCAGGCGCUGACGUGGCGCUACUACGCCGUCUACAUUGCGGUGGACUGCCUCUAUGUCGUCAUUAUCUACUUCUGCUUCCCUGAGACAAAGAAGAUGUCUAUUGAGGAGGCUUCGAUGAUUUUUGAUCAUGGGUGGGAUGGUCGAAAAGCGGUGAUAGUCUUGCAAAAUGCCUCCGAAAAUCACACGAUCAUAGCCAAGGCGUCCACAGGAUCUUCUGAGCAUGUCGAAGCUACGAUGGUUAAGAUGUGA